UUAUCUGAGAACCCCAAUACUUUUUCUCUCCUCUAAAACCCUUCUCCCUCUCCGUUGGAUUCUUUUGUUGAUUGAUUCUCUCCACAACCAUUUGUGGGAAAAGCUGUAGGUAGCUGAUUUCUUAUUUAGUAAAAUUUUUUCUGAAACUAAGCUGAUGGAUCUGCCAUUCCACUCCCACUUGGCUCAAGUAUAGCUUUUGGCAUCAUCGACAUCAAUUGAGCUUAAAUUCUGAGCUAAAAGUUAUCUGGGUCUGUUUCUGUUUGGUUUGGUUUCUUCUGGGUAAGUUUCUAGGGGUCGAAGAUCACCGGAAGUGAAAGAAAUGAAAGUGCCCUGUUGUUCCGUGUGCCAGAAUCGGUACAACGAGGAAGAUAGAGUGCCUCUUUUACUUCACUGCGGCCAUGGUUUCUGUGCGGAUUGUAUGUCUAGGAUGUUCUUAGCUUCGUCCGACUCGAGGCUGUCGUGUCCGAGAUGUCGCUACGUGUCGGUGGUUGGGAAUUCCAUCCAAGCGCUGCGCAAGAACUUUGCAGUGCUUGCAUUGAUCCACUCCAGCUCGAAAACGGCAGUGCCGGCAUCAGAAUUCGAUUGUGAUUUCACGGACGAUGAGGGAGACGACAGUGAGGGUGAGGUGAAUGUCGACGAGGAAUCGCUCUCUCGCCGCCGAUGGAGUGGCGGAUCCUGUACGUCGACCUCAGGAGGGUGCGGACCGGUGAUCGAUGUUGAAGUACACAAGGAUUUAAAGCUAUUGCGUCAGAUAGGGGAGGGUCGGAGGGAUGGCGUUGAAAUAUGGACUGCUGUGCUUGGCGGCAGGAGGAGCGAGAGCACAAGGUGUAGGCACCAGGUUGCUGUGAAGAAAGUGGCAGUGGGUGAUGACAUGGAUUUGGGUUGGGUUCUUGAGCAACUUGAGAGCUUGCGGAGGACAUCGAUGUGGUGUCGAAAUGUCUGUACAUUUCAUGGUGCAAUGGAAAUGGAUGGCUCCUUGUAUCUAGUUAUGGAUAGGUGUUACGGUUCUGUUCAAUCUAAGAUGCAGGAUAACGAGGGGCGGCUGACAUUGGAGCAAAUACUGAGGUAUGGUGCUGACGUGGCAAGAGGUGUGGCUGAACUGCAUGCUGCUGGUGUUGUAUGUAUGAAUAUAAAACCAUCAAAUCUUCUUUUGGAUGAUACUGGUCAUGCAGUGGUUUCUGAUUACGGACUUGCUGCUAUACUAAAGAAACCUAUGUGCUCAAAAGCUAAAUCGGAUUGUGAUUCAUCGAAGAUGCACUUGUGCAUGGAAUGUGCAAUGCUUAGUCCACACUAUGCUGCUCCUGAAGCGUGGGAGCCUGUUAAGAAGUCACUGACGUUCUGGGAUGAUGGGCUUGGUAUGUCUGUAGAAUCAGAUGCUUGGAGUUUUGCCUGUACGUUGGUGGAAAUGUGUACUGGUUCCAUCCCGUGGUCUGGUUUAUGCACAGAUGACAUUUAUCGAGCUGUCGUCAAGGCUAAGAAACUACCUCCACAAUAUGCAAGCAUUGUAGGUGUUGGAAUACCUAGGGAAUUGUGGAAAAUGAUCGGUGACUGCCUGCAGUUCAAGUCUUUGAAAAGGCCUACAUUCAACAAAAUGCUAUCAACAUUCCUUCGUUAUUUGCAAGAGGUUCCACGAAGCCCUUCCGCAAAUCCUGAUAAUGACUUAGCUAAAUUCUCUGGACUCUAUAUCACGGAUACUGAAACCUCUCUCAUGUCUGAUUUGGAAGUUUUUCGUUAUAACCUUGGUCAUCUGCAUUGCUUCGUGUUUGAUGGAGACUUCAAUGGUGUUAGAAAUCUUCUUGUAAAAGCUGCAUCCGGAAACAGUAGUAGCUUCAUCUCUAAAUUGUUAGAAGCUCAAAAUGAUGAGGGUCAAACGGCUCUCCACUUGGCUUGUCGACGGGGCUUUGCUGAAAUUGUGGAGGUUAUUUUGGAGUUCAAGGAGGCUGAGGUCGACAUUUUGGAUAAAGAUGGAGAUCCUCCGCUAGUGUUUGCUUUAGCGGCAGGAUCCCCAGAAUGUGUUCGUAUUCUCAUUGAAAAAGGUGCUAAUGUUUGUUCUAGGUUGAGGGAAGGGUUUGGCCCAUCUAUUGCUCAUGUCUGUGCCUAUCAUGGCCAACCUGAUUGCAUGCGUGAGUUACUGUUGGCUGGAGCUGAUCCAAAUGUAAUUGAUGAUGAAGGCGAAUCAGUUCUGCACAGAGCAGUCACCAAGAAAUAUACGGAUUGCGCUCUGGUUAUUUUGGAAAAUGGGGGAUGUAGAUCAAUGGCUAUAUUGAAUUCAAAACAUCUUACACCCUUGCACAUUUGUGUGUCAACAUGUAAUGUCGUCGUCGUUAAAAAGUGGAUGGAAAUUGCAACUGCCGAAGAGAUUGCUGAGACAAUUGAUAUACCAAGCGCAGCUGGAACUGCAUUGUGUAUGGCUGCUGCUCUAAAAAAAGAUCGUGAAAGUGAGGGAAGAAGUCUAGUUAAGCUAUUGCUUCAUGCGGGAGCAGACCCAGCUGCCCAGGAUGCCCAGCAUGGACGGACAGCUCUUCACACUGCUGCAAUGGCUAAUGAUGUUGAAUUGGUUAAGCUUAUUCUUAAUGCGGGGAUUGAUGUCAACAUCUGCAAUGUGCACAAUACAAUACCCCUUCAUGUAGCGUUAGCCCGAGGAGCUAACUCAUGUGUUGGAUUGCUGUUGUCUUCUGGAGCAAAUUAUAAUUUUCAGGAUGACGAAGGCGAUAAUGCUUUCCAUAUUGCAGCAGAUGCAGCCAAAAUGAUACGUGAAAAUCUUCAGUGGCUCAUUGUGAUGCUUAGGAAUGCAGAUGCUGCCGUUGAAGUCAGAAACCACAGUGGCAAGUCAAUACGUGACUUUUUAGAGGCCCUUCCUCGGGAAUGGAUUUCUGAAGAACUGUGGGAGGCGUUGGCGUAUAGGGGCAUUCUUCUAUCUCCUACAAUAUUUGAAAUUGGUGACUGGGUAAAAUUCAAAAGAACGAUGGCAGCCCCUACUUAUGGUUGGCAAGGUGCAAAGCAUAAGAGCGUUGGGUUUGUGCAAAACAUCUUGGACAAGGACAACCUCAUGGUCUCAUUUUGCUCCGGAGAAGUUCAUGUGUUAGCAAACGAAGUUAUAAAAGUCAUCCCGCUGGAUAGAGGGCAGCAUGUCCAACUUAAGAAAGAUGUAAAAGAGCCCAGGUUUGGGUGGCGUGGACAAUCACGUGACAGUAUUGGAACUGUUUUAUGUGUAGAUGAUGAUGGGAUCCUCCGUGUUGGAUUUCCUGGAGCAUCCAGAGGAUGGAAAGCUGAUCCUGCAGAAAUGGAAAGAGUUGAAGAAUUUAAGGUUGGAGACUGGGUUCGCAUCCGUCCCACCCUCACUACAGCAAAGCAUGGAUUAGGGGCUGUAACACCAGGGAGCAUCGGUAUAGUUUACUGCAACAGGCCUGAUGGUAGCUUAUUGUUAGAACUAAGCUAUCUUCCAAAUCCAUGGCUUUGUGAACCAGAGGAGGUCGAACCUGUUAUUCCUUUUAGGAUUGGAGAUCGGGUGUGCGUUAAGCGCUCCGUUGCAGAACCGAGAUAUGCUUGGGGUGGUGAAACUCAUCAUAGCGUUGGAAGAAUUAGUGAAAUUGAGAGUGAUGGUCUCCUCAUAAUUGAUCUACCAGACCGUCCAAUUCCUUGGCAAGCUGAUCCUUCUGAUAUGGAAAAGGUGGAUGAUUUUAAGGUCGGUGACUGGGUCAGGGUGAAAGCUUCAGUGUCGUCUCCAAAAUAUGGAUGGGAGGAUAUCUCAAGGAACAGCAUUGGAGUUAUUCAUAUCUUGGAGGAAGAUGUAGAGAUGGGCAUUGCCUUUUGCUUCAGGAGCAAGCUUUUUAUUUGCUCUGUGACUGAUGUUGAGAAGGUGGCUCCUUUUGAAAUAGGUCAAGAAAUACAUAUAUUGCCUUCUGUCACUCAACCUCGUCUAGGAUGGUCAAACGAAAGCCCUGCUACAGUUGGAAAAAUAUCUAGAGUUGACAUGGACGGGGCAUUGAAUGUCAAGGUGGCAGGGAGACAGAGUUUGUGGAAAGUUUGUCCAGGGGAUGCAGAACAACUUUCGGGAUUUGAAGUUGGUGAUUGGGUACGUUCAAAGCCUAAUACAGGGAAUAGGCCUACUUAUGAUUGGAACAUUGCUGGAAGAGAUGGUUUCGCAGUGGUUCAUAGUGUACAGGACUGUCUAUUCCUUGAGUUGGCUUGCUGUACUCGUAGAAACAGGUGGCUUGCUCAUGCUUCGGAUGUUGAGAAGGUUCCAUGCUAUAAAGUUGGCCAGUAUGUUCGGUUUCGUCCUGGACUAUCCGAGCCAAUGUGGGGUUGGAGAGGAGCUCGAUCUGAUUCACGUGGCAUCAUAACCAGUGUGCAUUCUGAUGGUGAAGUUAGGGUGGCAUUUUUCGGUGUCAGCGGGUUGUGGAGGGGCGAUCCUGCAGAUCUUGAGGUAGAACAGAUGUUUGAGGCUGGAGAGUGGGUGAGAUUGAGGGAAAAUACCAACAAAUGGAAAUCAAUAGGACCUGGUAGCAUCGGUGUGGUGCAAGGAUUAAGAUUUGAAGGGGAUGAAUGGAAUGAAUGGAAUGGAAGAAUUAGUGUGGUGUUCUGUGGGGAGCAAGAAUGUUGGGUUGGCUCUAUUACUCAUUUAGAAAGGGUGAACCAGUUGGUGGUCGGACAGAUGGUUCAGGUUAAAUCAUCCAUAAGUCAGCCAAGAUUUGGCUGGUCAGUGCACAAUAGUGCAAGUGUUGGAAUGAUAUCAGCUAUUGAUGGAGAUGGAAAGCUCAAGAUACAUACUGCAGCUGGGUCUAAAGCUUGGAUGCUAGAUCCAGCUGAAGUAGAGUUGGUACAAGAAGAGGAAUUUCAGGUCAGAGACUGGGUUCGAGUCAAGGCUUCUGUUUCGACACCGACCUAUCAAUGGGGAGAGGUGAAUCAUUCAAGCAUUGGGGUGGUUCAUCGCAAGGAAAAUGGAGAACUUUUCGUUUCAUUCUGCUUCAUGGAGAAGAAGCUGUGGCUAUGCAAGGCAUGGGAAAUGGAACGGGUGAGGCCAGUCAGAAUUGGAGACAAAGUGAGGAUUAGAGAAGGGCUCGUUGCACCUCGUUGGGGAUGGGGAAUGGAGACUCAUGCAAGCAAAGGCCAAGUGGUUGGAGUCGAUGCAAAUGGGAAGUUGCGGAUUAAGUUUCGAUGGAGAGAGGGUAAACCAUGGAUCGGAGAUCCUGCAGAUAUUGUUCUUGAUGAGAACUAACACGAUGAGGACACUUUGCCAUACCAUCGUUGCCAUACUGCCAUAUGUUCUCCAUCUAAGGUGGCUUUUGAGCCUAGUGGCUUCAACUCCUCUAGCUCUGCUUUUGCUGCUAAAGCGAAACCGUUUCAUCAUCACACUAACACUGUGCAAACGAGAACAUCCUGGUAAUAUAAAUAUAAGCUGCACCGUACUGCAGACAGAUUUAUUACCGAAGGAGCCAGAAGGGAAGGCAUGUAACUGACUGACCUUAUAAUCAUAGGAAACACAAGGAGAGGUAUGCAGAUAGAUGAGAUUUGCUACCCCUAUCUAUCCUUGUCUCAUAAACAAUAUUUAUAGCAAUAGGUAAUCUGAGUUCCCAGGUAAAUAUAUAUGUAUAACACUUGAUUGUUAUCUUCAUUGUACAAAUUGAACACUAAUAUUUUUAGUUAUAGAAGAUCUAAACGUUAAUAUUUGAA